AAUGAAUGAAUUGCGGCCUUAAAAGUAGACUGCUGAGUUUACUAUCUAUCUUAUGCUCAUUCCAUCAAUAGGAUUCACAUCAAUGUUUACUGUCCAUCGUGUGCUCCUUCCAUCAAUAGGAUUCACAACCUAGUUUGUAGAAUGUUCUCAUACGCAUACACCAUUAGUAGGGCUCGUAACAAGUUUCCAGAAAUAUAGUAUUGUUGUCUUCUAUUUAUUCAUCUAGGCUAGUCCAGGAUUGGUUAUGCAACUUAUGUUAAACUUUGUUAAUUUGCAGUGCUAGUACUUGUGAUACUUACAUGUUUGAGAGUAAAAUUACUUGCAUAGAUUUUGAGUUAUCUCAGUUCAUUCAAGUGCCACUUUGAUAGCAAUGAAGAGAGUUGAUGCUUCCAAAUACCCUAAACUCGUAGAUUUGUAGUUAUGGAGGGGGUGUUCAUGAGGUUCUUUCUCUAGUGGCAUGAAUUCUUAUGUAUCCUGUGACAAUGGCACAGAUUUCUUAUUUGGAGGAACAAAAUUCUCUUUCUCAAUUCGAGGUUAUAGGUCUAGUGACUCGAAUUCUUCUUUGUCUUCUUUUUGCACUCUUCCUUCUGUGGUGACCGAAGUUUGAAAACAUCGCAUAAGUAUGCCGUGAAUGUUGCUGUAGUAGUGUAUGAAUGCUCUGCUGAGUGAUGAUCAUUAUGAGUAUCUCAGUUUCGAAACAGUACUUUCUUCCUUUCUUUUUUGCAUUCAACCCAAGGCUAUUCAUAGGGAGAAUAUAUAUCUCGAGUCCAAAUCAAACUUGGACCCUCACAAUCUCACUUAAAAAGUAGACAUAAAUAAGGAUUCAACAAAAAGUCUCAUAGCAGAGCAUGCAUAUCUAAAAAUUCUUUGCUUAAGCAGCAGCAGCAAGAUUCCCUAUAGAUAUAAAUCACAAUUACCCCUUCCUACUUCUGGCACACUUAGUUGCAAAUAGUUGGGAUAUGGAAGAACAAGCCGAACUUGUCGGAUUAGCCUUCAUGGAGCACUACUACCACCUGUUCGACCACGACUGGGCCGCCCUCGUCUUGCUCUACAAUCCGACGUCUAUGCUCACGUUCGAGGGGCAGAGGAUACAAGGGGCUGAUCACAUCUCGGCUAAGAUCAACCAGCUACCGUUUGAUCAAUGCCGCCAAGCAAUCAGCACUGUUGAUUGCCAGCCGUCAGCCGUUGCCGGUGGUGUCGUCGUCUUUGUCAGUGGCAGUCUUCAGCUGCAGGGGGAGGAGCAUUCCUUGAGGUUUAGCCAGAUGUUUCACCUGAUUCCGACGGGAGAAGGUGGCUAUUUCGUGCAGAACGAUAUGUUUCGACUAAACUAUGGUUGAUUUCUACACUUUGGAGUUGUUAUGAACUUACAUUUUAUUUCACA